UGGAGGACUGAAGCCUUUCAGACACCUCUGCUGCUCCGUGUACUGUAGCCCCAUCAUCAUGCGUGAAAUUGUACAUUUGCAAAUUGGGCAAUGUGGCAACCAGAUCGGAUCAAAGUUUUGGGAAGUGAUCAGCGAGGAACACGGGAUCAAUGCAACAGGCAUCUAUGAGGGAGACAACAACGUCCAACUGGAGAGGAUCAACGUCUACUUCAAUGAGGCGCACGCAGGUGGUAAAUAUGUCCCCAGGGCCCUGCUUGUUGACCUGGAGCCCGGUACGAUGGACAGCGUGAGAGGAAGCCGCAUCGGAGCUCUUUUUAGGCCGGACAACUUCAUCCACGGAAACUCCGGAGCUGGGAAUAACUGGGCGAAGGGCCACUACACGGAGGGGGCGGAGCUGGUGGAGCAGGUGGUCGACAGAGUGCGGCACGAGAGUGAAAACUGCGACUGCCUGCAGGGCUUCCAGCUGGUUCACUCCCUCGGGGGGGGCACCGGCUCCGGCAUGGGAACCCUCCUCAUCAACAAGAUCCGGGAGGAGUACCCCGACCGCAUCAUGAACACUUUCAGCGUCAUGCCCUCCCCCAAAGUCUCGGACACGGUGGUGGAGCCCUACAACGCCACGCUGUCGGUCCACCAGCUCCUGGAGAACACGGACGAGACCUUCUGCUUCGACAACGAGGCCCUCUACGACAUCUGCUUCCGCACGCUGAAACUGACCACGCCGACCUACGGGGACCUCAACCACCUGGUCUGCAUGACCAUGAGCGGGGUCACGACCUCUCUGAGGUUCCCCGGGCAGCUCAACGCCGACCUGAGGAAGCUGGCCGUCAACAUGGUGCCUUUCCCUCGCCUCCACUUCUUCAUGCCGGGCUUCGCCCCGCUGACGGCCCGCGGCAGCCAGCAGUACAGGGCCCUCUCGGUGCCCGAGCUCACCCAGCAGAUGUUCGACGCCCGAAACAUGAUGACGGCGUGCGACCCCAGGAGGGGCCGCUACCUCACCGUGGCCGGCAUCUUCCGCGGACGGAUGUCCACCAAAGAGGUGGACGAGCAGAUGCUCGCGGUCCAGCAGAAGCACAGCAACAACUUUGUGGAAUGGAUCCCCCAUAACGUCAAAGUGGCCGUGUGUGACGUCCCGCCCCGAGGCCUCACGAUGGCCUCCACCUUCAUCGGCAACAACACGGCCAUUCAGGAGAUAUUCCGGCGGGUGGGCGAGCAGUUCUCCCUGAUGUUCAGACGGAAGGCUUUUCUCCACUGGUACACGGGAGAAGGUAUGGAUGAAAUGGAGUUCACCGAGGCCGAGAGCAACCUCAACGACCUGGUGUCGGAGUACCAGCAGUACCAGGACGCCACGACCGAUGUAGAUUCGGAGGUAGAGGACGAACAAGAAGAGGGGCCCUCGUCGCCAGCGACAACAAAGGUUGAAUCUCGGGUGGAAGUCAAACUGGAAACAGUUACGGAAACGGGCAAAGAGGCCGUGGCUGAGUAGAAGACGGAGGUCAAACAGUGCGGUGUGUAGGUUUGACACCUUGUUGGGAGGAUGUGUAAAACCCUCGUUGGAGGGCUGGUCUGACAAAAAGAAUCUUUUAUUUUGGAGUUUAAUGUAUGCCCAUGGUUGAUUGAGAAAAGAUAUUUAUUACACAUUUUAGACAAUAGUGUUUAUUGCCUGCAAAGUGUUCUUCAAAUGAUCUGCGUGCUUUUAUGUGUUUUUUGUUCUUUUUAUAGUAAAUCAAUUAAUGGAAAAUGUUUGCAUUUACAGGAUAUUAUGUCAGUUCUAUAUAAUCCAAAAAAAAGAAAAAACAAACACUGUUAGUCCAAUAUAUACAACCGUAAAUGUGUCACACAGUGUUUAUAGAUGAUGAUGGUAAUAAAAAAAACAACACCUAGAA